AUGUGGCAAAUAUUUCAAAUCUAUGUAUUGAUAUUAUUUGUGAAAUGCAAUAUAAGGCAAACAAGUGCUUAUUAUGAUAAACGACCUUUCUACAAUAUCGCACAUAUGGUCAAUUCAAUCCGAGAAGUGGAUCAUUACGUCUCACUGGGCGCUAAUGCCAUUGAAUCGGACGUUACGUUUAUAAACAACGGAUCCGCUGUCUUCACAUAUCAUGGAUAUCCAUGCGAUUGCUUCAGACACUGCACUGAAAGGGAAGAUUUACCCCGAUUUUUAGGAUACAUCCGAGACAUUACAACUCCCGGUAACGCGAGAUAUCGAAAGAAUUUUGCCCUUCUUUUCCUCGAUCUAAAGAUAUCUCAAUUGCCUCCGAGUGCUAAAGCAGUGUCCGGUCAAGAACUCGCUGCCCUCAUAGUCGACAAUCUAUUCAAUGAUACUCUCGGCUCAUCGAAAGUCAAAUUAUUGCUUUCUGUCGGACAUGUCUUUGAUUAUGAUUUCAUAUUAGGCUUUGAGAAUGAGUUAGAAAUUAGAAAAUUAAAUCAUUUAAACAAAGUCAUUGGAUGGGAUGUCGGACUCAACGAUCCCUUGUUUGUCAUCGAGAGUAUGUGGAAAAGAGUGGGUCGAGUGAAGAACAUAUGGCAGGGCGACGGACGCACCAACUGUUUGAGUCCUUUCUAUAAUUUGGGUCGACUUACGUCUGCUAUCAAACGAAGGGACGAGAAGAAUAUGAUGCGACCCGACCCUUAUAUUGAUAAAGUUUAUCACUGGACAGUAGAUAUCACUGUUAACAUUAGAUCGUCGCUCAGGUAA